CAUGUUUCUUUGCUGCAGGCGUAUCUGAUUUACUCCAGCAGCGUAGCAGCAGGGGCCCAGAGCGGCAUCGAGGAAUGCAAACACCAAUUCGCUUGGGAUCGCUGGAACUGCCCGGAGCGAGCGCUGCAACUUUCCACUCACAGUGGGCUGCGGAGCGCUAACCGGGAGGCCGCCUUCGUGCACGCCAUCAGCUCGGCGGGGGUGAUGUACACAUUGACCAGAAACUGUAGCCUGGGGGAUUUCGACAACUGUGGAUGCGACGAUUCUCGCAACGGGCAACUGGGGGGACACGGCUGGUUAUGGGGUGGAUGCAGCGACAACGUUGGCUUCGGAGAAACUAUUUCCAAACAGUUCGUGGACGCGCUGGAGACCGGACAGGACGCCAGGGCAGCCAUGAAUCUGCACAAUAACGAGGCGGGCAGAAAGGCUGUUAAAGGCACGAUGAAGCAGACCUGUAAGUGCCACGGUGUGUCUGGGAGUUGCACAACACAGACCUGCUGGCUUCAGCUUCCUGAAUUCCGCGAGGUGGGGAAUUACCUGAAGGAAAAGUAUCACAAAGCCUUGAAAGUUGACCUCCUUAAAGGGGCAGGCAACAGUGCGGCCAGCAGAGGCGCCAUCGCUGAAACCUUCAGUGCCAUUUCCAAGAAGGAGCUGGUUCACCUGGAGGAUUCCCCGGAUUAUUGCCUGGAAAACAAGACCCUCGGCCUGCAGGGGACGGAAGGAAGGGAAUGCAUCAAGAAGGGCAAGCACCUGAGCAAGUGGGAGAAGCGGAGCUGCAAGAGGCUGUGUGGGGAUUGUGGGCUGGCGGUGGGGGAGAGACGAGCGCAGAUGAUGAGCAGUUGCAACUGCAAAUUCCACUGGUGCUGCGCGGUGAAGUGUGAACAGUGCCGGAAAACCAUCACCAAAUAUUUCUGUGUGAAGAAGGACAAGAAAUCCAGGAACGAGAGUGCCUCAAAGAGAAAGGGUGCGCGACCCGCCAGGCGACAGUAAGGUCAUCCAUUGAAUGUCCUUCUGACUGACAAUAACAAAGACCAUUAAAAAAUGGCAAUUAAAUAAAGUGACAACACUCUGGUCUCAAAUUGGCCAGCGUUAGCAAAGCAGUAAGUAGAUGUAAAAAGAAGCACUGCGCUCCUUUAAGAAGACGCACCAGUUUAUUUCAGUCAUAGAGCAUUGUUCCAUUUUUUGAUGUUUUGCAAAAUAUUAAGCAAUUAAGAGAACAACAAGCUGUAAGUACAACAGUGCAAUUACUGGUGAUGUGGUGUGCCAUUAGGCUGCAUUUCUGGGUACAGUCAGACAUGUGCCAGUAGUGGCCUUUGGACCAAUUAUCCUUCAAAUGCUGCCAUUUAGAUCUAUCAUGUAUCUUUUUAUAAUAUUAAUAUGUUUGUUAUCCUCAUUUUUUUACACUUUUCGUUCUCUCUCCAGAGUUUUAUCCCUUGUCUUACCUUAUUUCCGACUAAAAAUAUGAAACCCAUUUGUCAAACCCAUCUUUCACAAUCUCAACAUGGCCCAAAUGUUUGACAACCAGUCAUGUAUUUUAGAAGUGCAAUCACUCUUGCGAUGUAACAACGUGAUUAGUGGCCAAGGGUGGUGGAUAUGGACAACAUGUCUGUUCAAUCAUAUAUCAUCAAUUUCUUCCCUUCUGGCACGUGCGAAGGCUCACAAACUCGCCGCAGAAAAUACCUGAGUAUAUUUUAUGAGCCUUGA